AUACGAUGAGGAUCUGAGGCACCAUUUUACAAAAACUAUUUACAUUUAAAGAUUAAAACCAUGUCGGAUUCAUCUCGACGAAUCUACAGCCUCUUGCAGUUUCUUUUUGUUUUCAACGCUCUUUGGCUUGUGAGCGCCCAGAGCAGCUUUUUUGAGAUAUCAUCACCUUGGGUUUGGGUGUGCAAAGAAAGCAAAUGUGUACGAACAAGGGCAUCAGAAACAACACAAGGCCAAUCCAAUGCCGUUUGUAAAUUGACUUGUUACGAAUCGGCAACGUUAUGGCCAUUGCCGACUGUUAAACCAAUUUUGUCGAACGAUGUUACACCCUUUUUCGCCAGCAAUGUUCGAAUCACUAAGCUAGCAUCUAAUUCAUCCAAGACGGACGACAUGUUACGAGAAGCUGUUGCCAUUUUUACGAAUUACAUCCAGCAAAUGGAAAGCAAUGGACUUGGAGAUUCAACACGCGAUUGUGUGAUAUCCGCCAACACGUGCAAAACGGCGUCAAACGUCGCAGCUCAACAUUUACUGAACGUCGAAGUCAUCGUCACGCAAAACACGGUUCAGUUGGCUUUAGACACUGACGAAUCAUACACGUUGGAUGUCAAAACACAGGACAAGGUUACAACAGCUUACAUAGUAGCAGAAACUUACUUUGGCGCUCGUCACGCGAUGGAAACGUUGAGCCAACUCAUCACAAUGCAAAAUGCACAUGUUGAAGAUUCGCCCGUUUUCGCUCAUCGCGGUUUCAGCAUCGACACAGCACGUAAUUAUGUUGAAAUUUCCUUGCUCAAGCGAAUCAUUGAUGGUCUCUCGUACAACAAACUCAAUGUCCUCCAUUGGCAUAUAACUGAUUCCAAUUCGUUUCCAUUCGUCUCCUCUCGAGAGCCAUUAAUGGCCAUUUACGGAGCUCAUUCUGCCCGUCAGGUCUAUCGACCUGCCGAUAUCCAAGAAUUAGUGCAUUACGCUCAAGUGCGUGGAGUCAAAAUUAUUCCCGAAGUGGAUGCACCAAGUCACGUCGGUGCCGGAUGGGACUGGGGUCCGCUCUAUGGUAUGGGUGAUUUGCUUUUGUGUUUCGACAUUCAGCCGUGGGAUGUUUACUGUUAUCAGCCGCCGUGCGGUUUCUUCAAUCCAAUCAACGACAAAGUGUACACCGUCUUGGGAAACAUUUACAAAGACAUGGCAGAUUUGUUCCAGAACGACAUGUUUCACAUGGGAGGCGACGAAGUCAAAAUGAAGUGCUGGAAUGAAACGGAAAGCAUUACUCAAUGGUUGGCUGACAAAGGAUGGGAUAAAGAACCUGAUCCUCUAUUGAAGUUAUGGAGCUACUAUCAAAAUCAGUCGCUGGCAAAGCUUGAUGAAGCUUACGGAAACACGCAACCCAUCAUCUUGUGGAACAGCGAUUUGACGGCGAAGGGUCACGGAACUUCCUACCUAGACAGAAAUCGUUACAUUAUUCAAUUCUGGGACAGAUGGAACGAUACAACUUUGAGAAAUUUAUAUGAAGAUGGUUUUAAAUUGAUUAUAAGCAAUUACGACGCACUAUAUCUGGAUUGUGGAUUCUCUGGUUGGGUGGGUGAAGCAUUGAACAAUUGGUGUGCCCCCUAUAUUGGUUGGAAAAAGAUUUACGAAAAUAGUCCUAAAACCAUGAUUGAAAACUUUGGCCUAGAAUACAAGAAGGACCAAUUUGUGGGGGGGGAAGCAGCUUUAUGGGCUGAACAGUCUAAAGGGCUAGCGUUGGAAGGAAAAAUAUGGCCCCGCUUAUCUGCAUUAGCUGAACGUCUUUGGACAGACCCAGAAACUGGAUGGAGGCUAGCUGAGACCCGUUUGCACAUCCAGCGUGAAAGAAUGGUGGACAGAGGCAUUACAGCCGAUCCAUUGCAACCGGAAUGGUGUAUGCAAAACGACGAUAGUUGCUUUCUCUGAUAAGCUCGUGUGCUUGAGAAUGAACAUUUUCAACUAAUUGAUUGAUCCUAUUGUUAGCUUUAUCAGAGAUAAAACAUAGUUACCUCACACGAAUCCACACUCGAUGUAAAACAUUAGUGAACGUACCAACGUUAAUACAAACGAGUUGCAAAAAUUCAAA